UUACUCGGGUUGUCCAAAGACGCUGAUAUUGUCCUCGGCGGAGUUUUCAGCGUCCACGUCGACGUGGAAGAUCAAGAUAUAUCUUUUAGAACGCAGCCAAAAGUGGUAAAAUGUACACUCUUUCGGUUCCGACUUUUCCGUUUCGCAAUAACGAUGAUUUUUGCAAUAGAGGAGAUUAACAAGAACCCGAAUCUGCUUCCAAACGUUACGUUAGGUUACUGGAUUUAUGAUUCUUGUGGCAUGCCUGAUGUGUCCUUAAAAGCAGCCUUUGAGUUUUUGAACAGGCUGGACGCAACAAAUUCCAGCUGCAAAAGAGCUCCCGUGGUUCCCGCUAUCGUUGGGGAUUCUGGAUCGUCACAGACCUUAGCGAUCGCGUCAUUAAUUGGUCCCUUUAGGAUCCCUGUGGUUAGUUAUGUGGCCACGUGUGCCUGCCUGAGCAACAGACACGAAUACCCCUCGUUCUUCAGAACGAUCCCGAGUGAUUACUUUCAGGUGAGGGCUUUGGCUCAACUUAUUAAACAUUUCGGGUGGACCUGGAUCGGGACAAUCAGAAGCGACGAUGACUACGGUAAUUUUGGGAUGCAGGCGUUCACGGAAGCUGUGGGGGAAUUUGGUAUUUGCAUAGCUUUCUCUGAGGCUUUUCACAUAACGUACCCAAGGGAGAAAUUGCUUCGGACUAUAGACAUCAUAAAGACGUCUUCCACAAAGGUGAUAUUAGCUUUUCUUGCACAAGCGGACAUGAGCAUCUUACUGCAGGAGGUUGUCCGGCAGAAUGUCACCGGUAUACAAUGGAUAGGUAGCGAGGCUUGGAUCACCACGCCGGUUCUGUCCCCAGAGGAUAGCAGACUAUUUGUAGUCGGUGCAAUUGGAAUCGCGAUCCGAAAAGUACAAGUGCCGGGGUUGAAAGAAUUUCUAAUGCAAACGCACCCAUCGCUUUAUCCUGGAAACCCUUUAAUGCAAGAGUUUUGGGAAAGAGCGUUUAGCUGUACGUUAAGGGACACAGAAAGUAAAACAGUCGACUCUACACCUGAUUCUGAGCUUGAAGAAUGCACGGGGAAGGAAAAUCUGCUUACAGCGCAUAACGAGUUUACAGAUGUGUCUGAAUACAGAGUCACAUACAACGUGUAUAAAUCGACCUACGCUAUCGCCCACGCUCUCCAUGACAUGCUCGCUUGUCAAGAUGGUAACGGACCAUUUCCCAACAAGACUUGUGCCAAUAUUUCAAACUUCCAACCGUGGCAGCUUCUGCAUUACAUGGAAAGAGUAAACUUCAGGACAAAGAUUGGAGAAAGGAUAUAUUUCGAUAGCAACGGUGAUCCGGUCCCAACAUAUGACAUCGUAAAUUGGCAGCCGACUGACUCCGGUGCUGUUACUGUAACAGUGGGACAGUAUGAUGGAGCGGCACCCGAAGGACAAAAUUUUAUAUUAGCCGAAGAGUCAAUCAUUUGGACCGGAAGGCAACCCACGGUUCCAAAAGCAGUUUGUUCUGAAAGUUGCAAUCCUGGAACACGAAAGGCUCCCAGAAAAGGCCAACCCAAAUGUUGCUUUGAUUGCGUCCGAUGUCCCCAAGGAGAAAUUAGCAACAUUACCGAUUCAACCGAUUGCCUGAAGUGCCCGGCAGAGUACAAGUCCAAUGAACAACGAGUUGAGUGCAUACCAAAGGAGAUUGAAUUUCUAUCCUUUAAUGAAAUGAUGGGGAUUAUUCUGGUGACGCUAGCGUUGUUUGGAUUCUGCAUCACAAUGCUCGUAUUUGCAACAUUCUACACUCACAGAGAGACUCCGAUUGUUAAAGCUAAUAACUCAGAAUUAAGCUUCCUUCUUCUUCUUGCUUUAAUGCUUUGUUUUCUCUGUUCAGUUACAUUUAUUGGAGAACCGUCAACCUGGUCUUGCGUGCUUCGCCACACGUCUUUCGGUAUUACAUUUGUUCUCUGUGUGUCUUGCGUUUUGGAUAAAACAAUCGUUGUUGUCUUGGCGUUUAAAGCAACCCUGCCCAACAAUAACAUAAUGAAGUGGUUUGGCCCAACCCAGCAGCGACUGGCUGUUUUAAGCCUGACUUUGCUGCAGUGUUUAAUAUGCACAGUCUGGCUCGCCACAUCGCCACCCUACCCUCGGAGGAACACUGAAUAUUUUACCGAGAUAAUAGUUUUUGAAUGCAAUGUUGGGUCUGAACUUGCCUUUUAUUGCGUACUGGGUUACAUUGGAUUCCUGUCCUGUGUGUGUUUUGUGGUCGCCUUUCUAGUCCGGCAACUUCCUGACAACUUCAACGAAGCUAAGCACAUAACUUUUAGCAUGCUAAUCUUUUGUGCAGUUUGGAUAACCUUCAUCCCAGUUUAUGUGAGUUCUCCGGGAAAGUACACUGUGGCGGUGGAAGUGUUUGCCAUUUUAGCAUCUAGUUUUGCCUUGCUGUUCUGUAUUUUUGCUCCCAAAUGUUAUGUUAUACUCUUGAAACGAGAACAGAACACAAAGAGACACGUAAUGGGGAAAAUGCCAUCCAAAAAGCUCUAA